CCUCUGUUUUCUUUGCAUCUCCUUCUUGUUGAGUUGGCAGUGAUCUUAUCAGUAGAGUGUUUAAACAUGAACGCCUUAACUUCAACUUCUCUCUGCAACCACCAAAUUUCAAGAUUUCCUUUUACUGUUUCAAACCCGAGAAACAUAUCUCCAUUUCCCAGCAGAGUCUUCUUCAAACUAUAUGCCAAUGCCAAUACCAAUGAGUUAGAUACACAGGCACAGGCAGUGGAGGAGCCAAAACAAGAGCUAGAAGCUGAUCCAAAGGAAGCAGGCAAGGCCUCCCCUGCUUCUCCACUUGACAAGGACCUCAAAAAGGUUGUUCAGAAGACUGCUGCAACCUUUGCACCAAGGGCUUCCACAGCUUCCAAAAACCCUGCUGUGCCUGGCAGUACUCUGUACACUGUUUUUGAGGUUCAAGCCUAUGCCUCCAUGCUGCUUGGUGGAGUUCUGUCUUUUAAUAUCGUAUUCCCUUCAAAUGAACCAGACAUAUGGAGAUUGAUGGGCAUGUGGUCCAUUUGGAUGUUUACGAUUCCUUCACUGCGUGCACGAGACUGCUCAAAAAAUGAGAAAGAAGCUCUAAACUAUCUCUUUCUUCUCGUCCCUUUACUUAAUGUGACAAUCCCAUUCUUUUGGAAGUCCUUUGCAGUUGUUUGGUCCGCCGACACCGUAGCCUUCUUCGCCAUGUAUGCAUGGAAGCUUGGUUGGCUGCAAAGAAAAAGCUAGAAUCCAAAUCGCUUCCUUUUUUCAAAUGAAAUGAUAGGCACAUGACAUUAUAUGAAAUUUCUCAAUGCUGAUGGCCCCAAAGUACGAGGAGAGCUUGUACAUUUACAGGACAAAAUGGUGCUUGCCUCCCCUGCAGCCUGCAGGAGCCAAAGCCAUCAUCAAUUUUUGAAACAUGUCGUGAUGAACGAAUGCAUUUGUGUUCAGGCGCUCUUGUUUAUAUAGGAUGGAUAUUAACAAGUGAAAAUAUAGUCGAACAGAGCAAUGCAAUUAUAAAUUUGUACAUAGAAAUCCUGAAUCUUUUUCCCUUUUUUCUGUCACAUGACAAUCUAUACUGCUAUUCAUACAUCUCCUUUAGAAAAUUA